CCCUGUCUAGAUCACUACAUUUAGGGAUCGUUUGAAUCGCAAGCGCUAUGUUCCGGUUCAUGCGUAGCGUUUGUCGGUUAGACUGACAGCUCGGUAUCGAGUGCGAGGACUUUGUUUAUUUCCUCGAUAGGCAAUAUCGAAGUAAGUAUGGUGGAGCAGUCGGAUCGCGCUCCGCUGCUGGACUGGGAGGAGGUUCCCCCGGCCGAACUUGCCCCAUCGGCUCCAUCACCGGAGACUGAGGAUUCAGCACAUUCCGGUCUGUCUAGUUACCCGAUCGAGAGUGGUGCACAGGCAGAUAUCUCCCUGAACACAAGCCCGGCGAGAGCGAACAGUGUAACAGCUGUUUCUAGUGAAAGUGCAUAUUCUCCCCAUAAACACAGCGGCCCGGGAAGAGAUGCUUCCGCCACUGAUGAAGAGGGAGACUGCGCCUUUCAUGGACUGUCAGUCAGGGAUCGGAGGAUCACUGGAUGGGAAGAAAAAGACCAAAUUGUUGCAGUGUUUGUUGUGACUUUCGACACAAGAUCGGGGAACAUGAUAGAAUGGUGCCUACCUCAAGAUGUGAAUCUGGAGGGAGUAGAGUUCAAGUCUAUGGCAAGCGGCUCUCAUCGGAUCACAAGUGACUUCAUAUAUUUUCGUAAAGGCAGUUACUUUGGACUAGCGUGCUUUGCCAACAUGCCUGUGGAGAGUGAGCUGGAACGAGGAGCUCGGAUGAAAUCUGUAGGGAUUUUGUCUCCUUCUUACACACUGCUAUACCGUUACAUGCACUUCCUGGAAAACCAAGUCCGGCACCAGUUGCAGUGUCCAGGUCAGUACUCUCCACUGGAAGCUUUCUACGAGGAUAAAAAGGCAGUGUUGCCAUCGGGAGGAAACGGUUUGGUCACAGCCUGCCCGACCAGUGUUCUUGGGCCCAUAGUCAACCGCUGCAUGCAUCCAGAGAUGAAGAUCACACACCCGGCUGGCUGCAUGUCCCAGUUCAUCCGCUUCUUUGGAGAGCAGAUCAUGGUGCUGUGGAAGUUUGCUUUGCUCAGGAAACGCAUCCUCAUUUUCUCUCCUCCCCCUGUCGGUGUGGUCUGCUAUCGGGUAUACUGUUGCUGCUGCCUUGCUAAUGUGUCCAUUCCUGGGGUGGGCGUGUCUGUUCCGGAGUUCCGCCCCUUCUUCUACAUCAAUGUUGCUGACAUUGCCGCUCUUGAGACUGAAAUGUCUUAUGUAGCUUGUACAACAGAGAAGAUAUUUGAGGAAAAGAAGGAGCUGUACGAUGUAUACAUUGACAAUCAGAAUGUAAAGACACACAGAGAGAGCCUCCAGCCUCUGCUUCGACUCAACAGUGCAGACCGAGAGAAGUAUCGCAAGCUCUGUGAGCAAAGGCAGUUGCUGCUGUACUCUCAGGAGGUGGAUGGAGACAGCACAUCUAAUGAGGAAGACCUCUUCAUUUUGUUCUUCAUGGAGCAAAACAACAGAAUCUUCCAGACCCUGUCUGAGGUGGCGGGGAGCGCCGAUCCUACCCUAAGUGCUGAACAUGUGAGAGCCAUGGGGCUGGAUCCUCACAGUGACCGAGGUUUUCUCGUCGACCUGCUGGAAAUCUAUGGCAUUGACGUCAUGCUGGUUAUCGACAACCCCUGCUGCCCGUAAGACUCUCUUUGUCUGCCGCUCUCUCUGGAGCUCAUUUUCUUUGAGGGCUACAACACACUACCUACUGAUUACCUGCUUUCUUUUCUCUCUUUCUCUGGCUUGGCUAUCUCAGGAGCCAUUCCUGACCCUUCUGGACCACACUGACACUGCCAAUACCAAAAGGUUCACUCUGCAGCCAUUCAAUCCAGUGAUGUCUUUCUGCUUGUCUGUUUAUCUAUGUGCUUCGUAGCCUUCCAGCCAUCUUGGAUUUCUACUUGACUCUGCCCAAGCUUGUUUCCAAAACACGACGAUCUCUGUGCCUCUCUCUACUGCUUUUUAUUGUGUGGUCUUCAGUUGUGACUUUGUUCUUCUAGCCAGUGCUGUCUGGGGGAACUGAUGUGAAUAUAAAUCUGUUUUUCUUGAACACCAGAGAAUUGGAAAACCAGUCCAUCAACAGAGCAACUCUCACUUCCACAUUGGAUCCACAUAUUUUUUUCUGGUAACAACAGUUUGGUGAAGCCUGCUUUGAAUGCCAUAUCUGUAUUUCUAAAACUUUUAUGGAUGUUGCAUUAUAUUACACACAGUACUAUGAUGGUGAAGAUUUUCACGAUCAAUGCCACAUUUGUUGAACUUAAUCACGUACAUGUGAACAGUCAUUUCAAUUUGGGAAAAUCAGACAUCAUUCACUGUGUUUGUUGUGUUAUUUGUGAUCUAUUGUGCAUGGACAAAUAGACACAAUCAGUUUAGCUGCUGUAGUUUGGAACAGAGCUUAUUGACAUAUAUAUGAAUGGAAUGAACAACAGUGUAGAAGGUUCUCCGUCAUUCUCAUUUCAUUACCCAAAUGUAAGCUGAUGAAUGUGACUAUCAUUAAAAUGCUGUCUACGCUGUUAUUACCCACUAAACGGGUAUCAUUGUGCUAAAACAGGCCUUUAAUCACUAUCACUGUUGGUAUUGAAUGUACAUUAUACAUUUAAUGCACAGUCUGAUGCACAUAUGAUUUAUACAGAUGCAGAAAUGUUACAAUCAGCUUUUUGAGGUCCUUAAUUUGCUCUAAAGAAAAUGAAUGUGAUUCUAUUGCUGUCAUAAUCAGUGAAUGCUCCUGAUUAGUACUUGUUAGACUUAGACUUUGAAUAUGUAUAUACUUGGGGUUUCUUAUUUAAAUGUACUUGGGUCAAUCAUUUCUGGAUAACAGCAGCAAACUGGCCUCACAAGACCAAUUGAUUGUGGUUUUGUGUGCAUUUAUAUGUUCAUCCUGUAAAACCCUAACUGGAAACGUAAUUAUUCAACUUAUUUAUAAAUUAAUCUAUUUGAAUUUUAA